CUAUGAUAUAUUAGGCAGUUAGCCAUUCUAGAAUUUGAUGAAUCAUAAUACAUGUUUUUAAGAUUACUAUCAUAGUGAUAGCUUUUCAAAAAUAUCUAUAUUAAAUAUAGUCAAGUUCAUAGCUUAGAGGAUGAUUUUGAGUAGAGUGAAAUAUUUAAGAAUUUAUAAAUUAAAGAGUUCCUAUGAGGAUUAAUUAUGUUAAAGCAAUUUGUUAAAAACUAAAAGAAUUUAAGGCUGAAUAAAUAAAGAUUGCAAUUAAAGAAAUGAGAUUUAAUUGCAUAAAUUUUUUAAUAGAGUUGAUCAAAAUUACUUUAUUUUAUAAAGUUAGAAUUAGAAAGGAUAGAAUUUAAAGAAUAGCUUUUUGGUUGCACCAUCAAAUUAUAUAAAAAGGAGUAAUGAGGAAGAUAAAUUAAAAGUUGAAAGAAUGAUGAAAAAGUAAAAAAUGCUUAUGAAAC